GCGCAGAAGCGAGAUUAACAACUAUGGCGGCUGUUGUGGAGAAAUCAACGAAAGAGCGGCUGCUGUCUGUUUUGGAUGAUUUGGAGGUUUUAUCCCGGGAGCUGAUCGAGAUGUUGGCCUUGUCCAGGGGUCAGAAACUGCCUCAGCCGGGAGAGGACACACAGAUCCUGGAGCUGCUGGUGCAGAGGGACAGGGAGUUCCAGGACCUGAUGGAGGUGGCUCAGCAGCAGGGGAAGGUCCACCAGGAGAUGCAGCUGCUGGAGAAGGAGGUGGAGAAAAGAGACAGCGACAUCCAGCAGCUCCAGAAACAGCUGAAAGAGGCUGAACACAUCCUGGCCACUGCGGUUUACCAGGCGAAAGAGAAACUCAAAUCCAUUGACAAAGCCAGGAAAGGAAGCAUCUCUUCAGAGGAAAUCAUCAAGUACGCUCACAGAAUCAGCGCCAGUAACGCUGUGUGUGCGCCGCUCAACUGGGUACCAGGUGAUCCACGCAGACCCUACCCAACUGACCUGGAGAUGCGCAGUGGCAUGCUGGGUCACAUGGCCAACCUGCCGACCAACGGUGUGAAUGGACAUCUGCCAGGAGACGCGCUGGCUGCUGGGAGGUUACCAGACGUGUUGACGCCUCAUUACCCCUGGCAGUCGUCAGACGUCUCAGUGGGGAUGCUGCCCCCUCACCACAGCAACGACUUCGGCCUGGAGCCUCCAGGUCACAACAAGGAGAACGAGGACGAUGUGGAGGCCAUGUCGACCGAUUCCUCCAGCAGCAGCAGCGACUCCGACUAAAAGACUGUGUGUGUGUGUGUGUGUGUGUGUGUGUGUGUGCGUGUGUUUGUUUGUUUGAGUUGUCACCAUUUUGUUAAAUGUCUGAUCAAAUAUCUACACCUUUUGGUCAACAAAAUGCACACAGACAAAAAUUAAGCAUAUUAAUUUAAAGGACCAUUCUGUUAUUAUUUCAUGACGUGUUCCAUUUACUCCUUUGGAUUUUUUCAGUGGGGUUGCAUGAGGUACUAAAGCAGAAAGAGUUUGAUUGAUGAAGAUGAAUAGAGAGGCUCCAGAUUUUAGUAUCAUUAUUUCACCUGGUGUUUUGUUCCUUACUAUGAUUUUUUUAAGUGCCAUCAUUUAUUUAGAUUUUGUAGAAAAAACAUGACUGGGCCUUGAAAAGGACCCAAAAUUUGACCUCCCUCACUCUGUGGUGACUCAUGUUUGAAACUAUAAAUAUGUAUGUGUGCAUGGAGCAUGUGUGCUUCAAGUGUAGAUUGAGUUGUUAAAUAACAAUGUGGAAAAAUGCUGUUUGUUAGUUUACCUCUGUGUAAAUAAGCCUGUACAUACUCAUCCUUGUAAAUAAAUACUUUUUGAAUAGAAA